CUUUUCAUCCCAACUCAGCUCAGCUAGUUUUUAUUUCAGGAAGCCCGCCUGGGACGGCAUCGCUUUCGCACUUCUGUGUUAGAAACUCCGAACAAGCCAGCCAGGCCAACUCUGACCUGACCGGUCGAGAAGACGAUCCCUCCGCCUGAGGAUACGCCACUCGCAGGACGGACGACUCCGCGAUUUCCCUUGCUUCUGGAGAACUCGGCUCGCGUUUCCCUGUGGUUCAGUAUAUUAGCGUCCGCUGCACGAAGCUUUGGAUUCGACGAGGACUUUUCGGGACGAAGCUGGACCCUGCACUGGCCUGGGAGGGCGAGCGACAUAAGACUCCUCGUGAUACAGAGAGUGGCCUAUAGGCAUACUUUGUGCGAGCUGUCCUGCAGGAAGGAAGGUUUUGAGCAUUAGGGUUUGAAACAUCGGCCAAGUGGACAGGAUGCCAAAGAUGUUACCGGAGGAAGCGAAUAUCGCCAUUGAUGCAGCGUACGAUAAAUAUCACGACGAGGACGAUGACGAUCGAAUGACAUAUACCUCCGGACAGUCGUUGGCGUCAAAUGUUACCAGAUAUCGUUAUGAGAAUGGGAGGAGGUAUCAUGCUUUCAGAGAUGGAAGCUAUUAUGGCCCGAAUGACGAGAAAUCUAUGACCCAGGAGACGAUUGUACAUCAUCUCUGGCUUUUAACACUAAACGACAAACUCUUUCUUGCGCCAAUUGAAAACCCGCAGAUGAUCUUAGAUGUGGGGACCGGGACUGGAUUAUGGGCAAUUGAUAUGGCAGACUACUUCCCCAGCGCUGAAAUCAUAGCAACGGACCUGUCCCCGACACAAGACACAACAGCGCCUCCCAACAUCCGCUUCGAAAUCGACGACGCGAGUUCAGAAUGGACCUAUCCGGAAUCGAGUUUCGAUUUCGUGCAUGCUAGGGGCUUGACGGGGUGUAUUAAAGAUUGGCCGUAUCUAUAUCAGCAGUGUUAUAAACAUCUCAAGCCAGGCGGCUAUUUCGAGCACCUCGAAUUCAGCGUGCAAACCAACGCAGACCCGAACUCUGACAACCACGCCGAUAAAAUGUACACGGCCUUCUCGAACUCGAUCCUUAACCUCGGGGAAGAGAAGACUGGGAUGACGUUUCGCACAAUUGAGAGCAUGAGGGGGUUCAUGGAGCAGGCUGGCUUUGUUGACAUCGUCGAGAAGAAAUUCGUCUGGCCUAUUGGCCCCUGGCCUUCAGACCCGCAUCUCAAAGACAUGGGAAGAUGGGGUGAGCGCAAUUGGGCGGAUGGCCUGGAAGGUUGGGUUCUUGCGUUGUAUACGCGUGUGUUAGGCUGGACAUACACCGAAGUCCAGCAAUUCGUUUCAGAAUUCAAGGCUGUGAUUAAAGACCGGAAAAACCAUUACUACCACGAAGUACGAUGCGUGUAUGGAAGAAAGCCGUUUCUAGGAGAGUUCCCGACUGCUUCGGCUGCUCCUGUUUCGGCGGGGGGUUGAUGGAGCUACGGGGGAGUGUUGAUCGGGGUUUAAUGAAGGGCUGAUG